UCACUGUUUUCUCUUCCUCUUGUGUCACUUUUUUCUUAUUCUUUCUCCAUAGUUUCCGCAAGAUUGUUCUGUUCUUGAAAACUAUUCCAAGAUGAGUGGAGAAGAAGAAGUGAAAACGAAUCAGUCUCAGAAGAAGCUUCAGCAACCUACUCCACGUUUGAACGAGAGGAUCCUCUCAUCUUUGUCUAAGAGAUCGGUUGCUGCACAUCCAUGGCAUGAUCUUGAAAUCGGACCUGGAGCUCCAGUGAUCUUCAAUGUGGUUAUUGAGAUCUCAAAGGGGAGCAAGGUCAAAUAUGAACUUGACAAGAAAACAGGACUCAUCAAGGUUGAUCGGAUUCUGUAUUCAUCGGUUGUGUAUCCCCACAACUACGGUUUCAUCCCCCGCACAUUAUGUGAAGACAAUGACCCUAUGGAUGUUUUAGUUAUCAUGCAGGAGCCUGUGCUUCCAGGUUGUUUCCUCCGCGCUAGAGCUAUUGGUCUAAUGCCUAUGAUUGACCAGGGUGAAAGAGAUGACAAGAUCAUUGCAGUAUGUGUUGAUGAUCCUGAGUAUAAGCAUUACACUAACAUCAAUGAACUCCCACCUCAUCGUCUCACUGAAAUCCGCCGAUUCUUCGAAGACUACAAGAAGAAUGAGAACAAGGAAGUUGCAGUGAAUGACUUCCUACAACCUGGUCCUGCUAUUGAAGCCAUUCAGUACUCAAUGGACCUUUACGCUGAGUACAUUCUUCACACCCUGAGGAGAUAGGUAACAAGAAAAGGGACUUCAUCAAGAACAUUCCUGCCAAAUUUUUUGCUCUGCAAUCUCAGAUUCUGUUACAGAGCAACAAGAAACAAGAAACAAGAAUUUGUCUGAUAUUUUGGUUUUUUUUUUUUUGUCAUUUGGAAUAAGCACGUGUCUUCU